AUGAUUGUCUGGGAAUCUCUCGAAAACCAGCGCCCCGCUGCAUGGCGAAUCGUCUUCAAGGGUCUCACACUUUUAGAACAUCUCAUCAAGAACGGUUCGGAACGCUGCGUAGACGAUGCACGCAACCACGGACACACGCUGCGUGCGCUCGGACAGUUCAACUACUACGAAGGAACGAUUGAUCGCGGGCAAGGCGUGCGUGAGAAGUCCAAGCAGGUCAUUGAAAUGCUUUCGGAUGACGAUCGCAUUCGAGAAGAGCGCCAAAAGGCCCGGAAA